GAGAGCAUGAAAGAAAACGAGACAGUCCUCAGUUGCCUUUUAGCAGUGAGGGAGAGAGGUCGCGCUCUGUCUCCCGGAACUAUAACAGUGCUUUAUGAAAUGAGUUUGUGGUGAGAUAGACAACCACCACCACCACCACCACCACCACCACCACCAUGCACCCUCACCUCCUACUGCUGCUGCUACCCCUGCUCCUGCCGCCGCCCGCACGCCCACAGCACCUCGAGAACGACCUGCAGUCACUCCUCCAUGACCUGGGUGGAGGAGGAGGAGGAGGUGGAGGAGGAGGAGAUGAAGAUUUUGAAGUAGAAUUGCUUUAUAGACCAGAAAAUGAAGAAGAACCUUUAUCUUCCUCCUCCUCCUCCUCCUCCUCCUCUUCCCUGGGCGUGAGGAGGCUGUGGGGCGUGGAGGAUACCCAGGCGUUCGUAGGGCGUGUGUUUUCCCAUGGUGUGCCAGAUGCCUUCCAAGGAGAGGUUGAGUCCUACCAGGUGAAGGGUCUGCCGGCGUGGUUGUCGUGGGACGGGGAGCGGGGCGUGGUGGAGGGGGUGGCGCGCCCUUCUGACCGCGGCCACCACUACGUUACCAUCCACGCCAGGGGCACAGACGGAUCCCGCGCCAAGGACGUGUUUGCAGUUGAUGUGGUCGACCUGCCUGGUUCCUUCUUGGGUGACGAGGGUGCGUGUGGCGGCCGCUCUGACGUCACCGUGCUGUCCGUGUUGCUGGAUGCCCACCUCUCCUCCCUGGCCGCGCUACGUCGCCUGUCACUCCUCCGCGCCGCAAACAAGUUCCUCGCUCGUAAUGCCUCCUUGGUACCAGCGCCCCAUGAUGCUGACCCACUGGCCAUGGACGCAGCUCUACAGGCAGGUCCAGGAAGUGCCAGUGUGGGAGGGACACGACACGGCUCCCCCCGCACCCUGGCACAGCUGCAGUGGGUGGUGGGGUGCGACGGGGAGGUGCAUGCGAAGGGCCAGGCUGCGGUGGACAGGGUGGAGGUGGCGGCCAAGGACGGGAAGCUGCAGGAGUUGUUAGGGGUGCCUGUGCUGGGAUGGCAUGUCACACAGGUGAACCCCAAGUCAAACCGUGUGCGUCGCCAAGUGGAUUACUCCGGCGACUAUGGCGACCUUGAAUAUGGUGGGUAUGAUGACUAUGACUACAAUGGCUACGACUACACGGACUACCUUUACGAGGACAAGAAGGAGGAGGGCGACACUCUCAAUUUUGGCAACUAUGAGGAUCCUGAGCCAGAGACCAGAGUGAUCCCCAGCCUGGCCACCCCCACCUUCCCCGAUUCCUCCGCUACUCUCCUCCCCAGCCCCUCCGGUCCCCGUGUCCACCCCGACCCCUCACUUCACUUCUCUCCGGUCUACAUCUCAACCCCGGUCUAUGUCCCAGAGAAGCCCACUAGAAUUUUGGAGGCUAGCCCUACUGUGCCCUCUGAGUCAGCCUACCCCACAGGACUGCCUUAUCCUAGCCUAGAGAGCUCCAUUGCAUCACAGCCCUCUGCCACUAUCGCCACCACCACACCCCUCACCACCACCACCACCUUGCUGCAGCCUGGCCCCGUCACCAACCAGCCCAUCGCCCCGUCCUCUGUGCACACCCACACCGAGACAGAGACAGGGGUCCCUAAUUCACCACCCAGGGUCAAGAACAGGAUCCCUAAGCUGGCGUGGACGGCCGGUCACGUGUACUCUCUACCGAUUUCAAGCAACACCUUUGAAGAUUUUGAGGACGGCGACACCACGAAUCUCAAUCUUCACUUUAAGGACCUCAAUGACAUGGAUCCUGGUUACAACUCCUGGAUACAGUUCAACCCUGCCACACAGAGGAUCUAUGCCUUACCACUGGAGAAGCACAUCGGCCACUACACAUACUUUUUGAAGGCGACCGACAAGGAUGGCAAGACUGGCGUGGAGACUGUCAAGAUUCACGUCCAGCAGCCUAAGGAGGGACGGAACUACAAUCAUCGCUUCUCGGCCGUGUUCAAGACUGAGAAGGCCUUUGAGUAUGACUUUGUGUUCUCCAUUGACUGGCAGAUCAAGGUAGUGGAGAAGAUAGCUCACCUGUAUGGCGACCCUGACACCAGCAAGAUCAACGUGCGAGCCAUCUCCACCAGCCCCACCAAGCUUAUCUGGACCAACACCUCCCUCACUGACUCUCUCUCCACGUUCUGUCCCACCGAUGACCUGGAGGCUGUGGCAGAGGUGGUGGUGGGCAGCGAGGACCAUGGCAUGACUAGAGAGGUCAAGGAAGCAUUCAGGCCAGAGUUCCAGUUGAUGCGGGUCCAUAUCCACUACAUGGGCCACUGUGAGUCACUCCGCUCCAAGCCAGGUGGACCCAGGACCCCCAUAGCACCCCCAGAGGAACCAGAAGAUGGAGAGCCAAUAAUGAGGAACCCUAUAGACCUCCUCAACGCCACGGCUGGCACACUACUGCGGUUCCAAGUGCCUGAGGACACUUGCUAUGACCUGGAGGAUGGCGACUCACACAAGCUGAAGAUGCGUCUGCUCACCGCCAACCUUGCCCCCAUCGCCUCGGACUCCUGGCUCCAGUUUGAUUCAGCUAACCAUGAGUUCUUUGGGAUUCCGCUGGCUGGCAAUGUGGGCAAGACUGAGUACCACCUGGAGUGUGUGGACAAGGGCGGCAAGAAGGUGAUUGACGCGCUGUUUGUCAACGUGGUGCAGCGUGCGGUGCGUGGCGUGGCUGCUGCACACUUCUCCAUCACGCUGCAGCAAAGCUUCAGGGAGUUCAUGCGCAACGGCCACCUCAAGGCCCGGCUGGUGGAGCGCAUCGCCACAGUGUUUGGCGACCCCGACCCGCGCCAUGUGGCAGUGGACGCCAUAACGCAGGGCAGCGUGGUGGUGACCUGGCACAACACAUCCCUGCCUGGCGACCCCUGCCCCGAUGAGGAGAUGGGGCGGCUGCGGCGCGUGAUGCUGGACGAUGACGGGCAGCUGCUGCCGUCCUUCGUGGAGGCCUUUGCCCCAGAGUACCGUGUGGUGGGGGCGCGGUUGGUGCCGUCCGGCAUGUGUCUGGGUGGCGACACACCCACACACGUGGAGGAGGAGCCGCACCAGCCACCAGUGGAGGACACCAUCCAGGGCGACGACAACGACUACCUCAUCAACUUCAUCAUCCCAGCCGUCAUCAUCGCUGCCAUGCUGCUCCUCGCCGCCGUCAUCGCCUGCUGCCUCUACCGCCGCCGCCGCUACGGCAAGAUGACCAUGGCUGACGACCGCACCUUUGUGUCCAAGGGCAUCCCCAUCAUCUUUGCCGAGGAGCUGGAUGACCGGCCCGACCCCGCCAAGAGCCCCGUCAUCAUGAAGGAAGAGAAGCCCCCCCUGCCCCCCCCAGAGUACCAGCGGGGCACCUCGCCAGCCGCCACCGCCACCCCACCCCCCGCAGACCGCCGUCGCCCACACUCCGGCGAGGGGGGAGACGACGCCCCCUCCUACCAGCCGCCCCCACCCUUCACCGCCACCAACGGAGCCUCCCGCCACCCCCGCCCCAAUAUGCCCCCCACCUACAGGAAACCCCCCACCUACGUGCCUCCCUAAGCCGUUCCUAUCCCCCGGGCGGGGUGGCGGUGAGGGGUGAGGGGUGAGGGGUGAGGGCAGGCCGGGGAGGGGGCCGUGUGGUGUCCCUGGGUGUGUGGUGAUGGUGUGUGCUGCCUGGCCUCCAAUGUGCCAAGUGCCAGUGUGUUGUCUGUUAGUGAGGGAGCCACCAGUGUGUCAGAGAAAGGUGUUGGAAUCCCUGUAACACCUUGACUCGUGUGUAUGUAUGUACGUGCAUGUGUAUGUGUGUGUGUGUGUGUGUGUGUGUGUGUGUGUGUGUUGUCACCUCACAAUGCCUGAGAUGUCUUUAAUUUUAAGUAGGUCAGAGCCACAAAAUACAUGAGCACAUCCCUCAAAGCACAGAAAAAUAAUCCGACAGCCAUAUUUAUACCAUUUUCCUUCAGGGCGAGGCAGACGCACACCACACAGAUUGUAUUGUAAUGUAUUGUACUGUUAAUGGAGUGAACUGCCCCCCUCUCCCCUCUGCCGUGUGCCCCCCCCAGUGCCCCCCAGCUAGGUACAGUGUGAGGAGAGAUAGAUGGAAUGGAACUGUAAAGGAACAGGAAGAGGAGUGGGAAGUGAGGGGAAAAGGUGAGGGGAAAAGCAAACAAGGUAAUUAAUUUGUGUAGGUGAGAUGAAAACUGUUACUCACCUGUACUCUCUCUCUCUCUCUCUCUCUCUCUCUCUCUCUCUCUCUCUCUCUCUCUCUCUCUCUCUCUCUCUCUCUCUCUCUCUCUCUCUCUCUCUCUCUCUCUCUCUCUCUUUUCUUCUCUUUCUCUCUUUCUCUCUUAAGGGUGACAUAUCUAAUCACCCAUUGUAAAAAUACCAAUCACCACCCAGCCUGUAGUCACCCACACACCCACACCCACACCCACACCCAGCCAGUCACCCAGUCAGACCCAGCCAGCCAGCCAGCCAGCCAGUCAAGUCAAUCAGCCAGUCAGUCAGUCACCCUCACCACACCUCUGUAAAUACACACAAAAGGGCUGGACCCCAAUACACACUUUUCUAGCACCCCCACACACCCCCAACACACCCCCCACACACCCCAUCACCACCACCAUCACCACCAUCACCACUACUACUACUUGUUCAUUGUAUAUUGUCUAUGGUGUGGUGUUGAAUGGUAUAUCUUGUAAACUGCCUUUUUCUUAGCGUGUUUGUACGUUUGUGUGUUAGUGGUGUGUUUGGAUGGCUCUUCAGGGUGUUUGUACUGUGUUUGGCUAGAAAUGUGUGUGUGUGUGUGUGUGUGUGUGUGUGUGUGUGUGUGUGUGUGUGUGUGUGUGUGUGU